AAAUAAAAUUUUGUUUAAUUUCCUCCUGCGAGGAAUAAUAAAAUAGUGAGCUGCGGCGCAGCAUUGGAGACUCCUAUCUUGUUCGUCCAAUCGUGCGUUAGCGUCAUCGUCAGCGUCAUCGUCCUCUUUCGGAAUUUCCAAAGCGAGAGAGAGAGGCGCGUAGCUCGCGCGAUUUCAUCUCCCUUUCCCCUCUCUGUAUCCCAAUUUAAACCCUACUUUCGAGUCCAUGAUCUCUCCUUCGCUUCUUCGUUCCCAUCCCGAGCUCUGAGCUCUCAACGAGAUCUCCCCACCCAACCUCCUAUAAUGGCGAACGCUCCCGGGAUCGUUUCCCCGCGCGUCCCGUGCCUCCGCGGUAGGAAUUGGGCUCAUCUCGGCCUCCUCAGAUCUGGGCUUUUCUCCGUACAAGGGAGUGCGAGUAGGGUUUCGUUCAGAUGCAUCGCCGCCGUGGACGGUGGCGUUGAGGGCGACGUGCUCGGCGCCGCGUCUUCGAGGCGUCGUCGCCCAAGAGUUGUUGGCAUGGGCUCGAAGCUUGUUGGAUGUGGAUCAGCUCUGCCAAGGCUUAUAGUAUCUAAUGACGACCUUGCAAAAAUUGUUGAAACAUCAGAUGAAUGGAUUUCUGUUCGAACAGGGAUUCGUAAUCGACGAGUUCUGACGGGGGAUGAAAAAUUGGGUGGACUUGCUGUGGAGGCAGCAAAGAGGGCUCUUCAGAUGGCUCAAGUCGAGGCUGAUGAUGUUGAUCUUGUUAUCAUGUGUACUUCUACGCCGGACGAUCUCUUUGGAUCUGGUGCUUGGGUGCAGAGAGAGUUAGGGUGCAAAAAUGCUUGGGCCUUUGACGCUACUGCUGCAUGCAGUGGGUUUGUUGUGGGCCUAAUCACAGCCAGUCGUUUUAUCAAAGGUGGAGGUUUUCAAAAUAUCCUAGUAAUUGGUGCAGAUGCUCUUUCAAGAUACGUGGACUGGACAGAUAGAGGCACAUGUAUUCUUUUUGGUGAUGCUGCUGGUGCUGUGCUUAUUCAGGCUUGCAGUGGUGAUGAAGAUGGUUUGCUGGGCUUUGACAUGAACAGUGAUGGCCAUGGACAAAAGCACCUACAUGCCAUAACGCAGGAUUCCGAAACGGAUUUGAUGCCAAACACUAAUGGUGCUCCACUUUUUCCUCCAAAGAAAUCAUCCUUUUCUUGCAUUCAAAUGAAUGGCAAGGAGGUUUUCCGCUUUGCUGUGCGGUGCGUACCGCAGUCUAUUGAAGUUGCACUAGAAGAAGCUGGCCUUACAAGUUCCAGUAUUGAUUGGUUGCUACUACAUCAGGCUAAUCAGCGGAUAAUAGAUGCUGUUGCCAGUCGAUUGGAUGUCCCGUCGGAAAAGGUUAUUUCAAAUUUAGCCAAUUAUGGAAAUACUAGUGCCGCAUCGAUCCCGUUGGCUUUGGAUGAGGCUACUAGAAGUGGGAAGGUGAAAACCGGCGAUACCAUUGCCAUGGCCGGAUUCGGAGCCGGCCUUACGUGGGGAUCUGCGAUAAUGAGGUGGGGAUAGAACUUCUAUCCCAGAGGCUAAUGGUAGACUAUUAUCAGGAGCACAUUUUAGAAACACCCAGAUUGGUUUUUCCUCCUCACCAUCAGACAGUAGAAGUUAGGUUUUUUAUUUUUCUUUUCUUUUCUUUUCUAUCUAAUGUUUUAUUUUAAUUUUGUUUCUAUGCUCUAUUUGGAUGGAGAGAAAAGUAAGAGAAGAGAAGAAAGGAGAGAAAAUCGCCCUCUGUAGAUUGGCAUGAAAAUUUUGGAGAGGAAGGAAGAGAAACGGAUAAAAGGAGAUGAAAUAAGCCCCCAAGAAUUGCAGAGAAAAUGAAAGGGGCAAAAAACAACACCUAGUAAAAGCCCACUUUUUUUCUUCUCUCUUCUAUCAAUCCAAACAUUACAACUUUUACUUGAGAACAUUUUUUUUUUCUCUCUCUUAACCUUCUCUUUUCUCCUAUGCUUUCCGUCCAAACCGUGCAUUAGUGUUGUUGGGUUUGUUAAUUUCAUGUAAAAAAUUUGUGGUGCUUGUCGAUGCAUUACUACUGUUGGUUUUUAAAUUUAAUGUAAAAUUAAUAAUGUGGUGCUGCGUA